ACCAUUUGCAUUAAAACCCCCACUUUUUCACACAUUCACUCCCCAAAUCAUGCUUCAUUUGAACUCUAGUUAGUACACAUUCCCACCCUCACUGAUGUAAAAGCCAAUGCCUACUUCUUGAAACUGUUCAUCAGCAAACACCUUGCCUCGAUCAUGUUCUACAAGAUCAUCACACUCACAUUCUCCCUGCUGCAGUGUUUCGUCCCUCUACUCGGCCGGGGGCAUCAUCCACAAGCGCGUUACUCUAUCCAUACUGAUAAAGCCGCGCUUCUAGCAUUCAAGAACGGCAUGUCGUUGGACCCCUAUUCGAGCCUUGCCAACUGGAAUGAGCACAACGACGUGUGCAACUUCACGCUUGUGAAAUGUGGCAAGCUGCAUCAUCGGGUGGUGGAUUUGAACCUCAACGACAACGCCCUCUCAGGGCUGCUGUCGCCCGUGCUUGCAAAUCUAACCCAACUCCGGAACCUGUCUCUUUCCCGCAACCAUUUCUUUGGUUCCAUUCCUCAAGAAUUCUCAUCCCUUCGACACCUUCAAGAACUCGAACUUGGAAGCAACAAUUUGCACGGCCUUAUCCCACACUCAUUGUCGUCCCUCUCCCGACUCACCUUCAUCACUCUGGAUCACAACAAUUUGAGUGGUGAAAUCCCAUCAUCGUUCUUCUACAACUGCACGAAGCUGAAAGUAGUCGAUUUCUCAAGCAACCAACUAACAGGGACGAUACCAGGUGAGAUCGGAAGCUGUCCCGACCUCCUGGCAGUAAACAUAUACAACAAUAAGCUCCACGGCGAAAUCCCCGCAUCUUUAGGGAACGCGACAUGCCUCUACAAUCUGGAUGUCGAGUACAACUAUCUAUCCGGUGAGCUUCCCUCGGAGAUGCUGGCAAAGCUACACAAGAUGUUGUAUCUUCAUUUGUCAAACAACUACAUGAUUAGUCACAGCAACAACUCUGAUCUUGAGCCAUUUUUCACCGCACUGGCAAACUGCACCGAGCUAGCUGAACUGCAGCUGGCGAGCAACGGGCUUGGUGGGACGCUCCCACACUCCAUUGGAGGACUGAGCACAUAUUUGGGGGAGCUGCAGCUGCAAGAAAAUCAUAUCUUUGGAUCAAUCCCUCCUCAAAUAGGACACUUGCAAAGCCUAACAAUACUGAAUUUGACAUCCAACCUUUUCACUGGCACUGUUUCUAAAGAAAUAGGCAAGCUGAAACAUUUGGAACAACUUUCCCUCUCUUUCAACUUCUUCACCACAAUUUUAACCCCGUUAGGAAACCUAUCGUCUCUCGGUUUGGUGGAUCUUUCGCAUAACAAUCUGUCGGGACGGAUCCCUGAAGAACUCGGAAAUUUGGCAGGGCUAUGUUUUCUGUUCCUGAACAAUAACCUUUUCUCAGGGGAGAUACCUCCGAGCUUAGGGAGCUGCACGGCCCUCCAAGCCCUCGACCUCUCUUACAACCAACUGACAGGGAACGUACCCCCGGAGUUAUCAGGAUUCCAUGAAAUGCGUAGGUUUAUGAAUCUAUCACACAACCAACUCAAGGGAGCAAUGGAUCUUAGCAAGCUCUCAUCAGUCGAAGAAAUCGACCUGUCAUCAAAUUACUUCAGUGGCAACAACAUCUUUAACAUGAUAUCAAGCUGCUUGGAGCUGAAGGUGCUAAACCUGUCGAACAAUUCUCUACAAGGGCAUCUCCCGGAAUCGUUAGGUGAUCUCAAGAGCAUCGUGGCGUUUGAUGUCUCUAGAAACAAGUUGUCAGGCAAGAUCCCCGUGAGCUUGAACAAGAUCACCACGCUGACCUUGUUGAAUCUCGCAUUCAACAACUUUGAUGGAACUAUUCCCUCCGGAGGCAGAUUUGAUUCCAUGACGUAUCUGUCCUUCAUAGGCAACCAGGAUCUCUGUGGGCGAAUACCGGGCAUUCCAGUCUGCAAACAAGGGCGACACAACUUCCACUCCCACAUCUUCGUGAUCAUCUUAUGCAUUGUCAUAUUUAUAUCAGGAAUAUGCACAAUAGUCUGCUGUUUGAUGGGAUACCGGAGAUCGAGAGCUACUAGCGUGAGAAAACAAGAACUAGACUUGACACACAAUUAUCCGAGAAUAACCUACAAGGAACUGCUAGACGCGACUGAUGGAUUUAACGAGCAGAGGCUAGUUGGCUCUGGGAGCUAUGGCCGUGUCUAUCGCGGUAUUCUCUCAGACCACGACACACAGAUAGCAGUCAAGGUCCUACAACUGCAGACAGGGAACUCAACCAAGAGCUUCGCCCGAGAGUGCCAAGUCUUGAAGAGUAUCCGCCACAGGAACCUGAUACGGAUCAUCACAGCGUGCAGCCUCCCGGACUUUAAAGCUCUCGUGCUGCCCUACAUGGUGAAUGGAAGCUUGGACAGCCAUCUCUACAUGCAAGCAGCAGACGGCCUGAGGCCGGACUCCUCUGAUCUGAGCCUGCUUCAAAGAGUCAACAUUUGCAGUGACAUUGCACAAGGAAUGGCUUAUCUGCACCAUCACUCCCCGGUUAAGGUCAUCCACUGCGACCUCAAGCCUAGCAACGUCCUUCUCAACGACGACAUGACUGCUCUAGUCUCCGAUUUUGGGAUAGCGAGGCUGGUGGCCAUAGGAUCAGGAAAUGCGGCCGGAGUUAUAGAGAAUAUGGGCGACUCAACGGCCAACAUGCUAAGUGGAUCAAUCGGAUACAUCGCGCCAGAGUACGGAUGUGGAUCGAGUACCUCAACGAAGGGCGAUGUAUACAGCUUUGGAGUUGUGGUUUUGGAGAUGGUGACGAGGAAGUGGCCAACAGAUGAGAUGUUCGUUGGAGGACUGAGCCUGCAGAGCUACGUGAAGAGGCACUUCCAGAGCGAAGGUGAAUGCGUGGUAGACACAGUGUUGUUGAGGGCAUUGUGGCAGGAAAGAGAUGAGGUGAAGAGGAUGUGGGAAGUGGCCAUUGUAGAGCUGAUGGAGCUGGGAUUGCUCUGCAUGCGGGAGUCGCCCUCCACACGCCCUACAAUGCUCGACUGCGCGGAUGAUCUGGAUCGCCUCAAGACGUACCUCAACGGAGACACCACCGCAACAUUUGCAUCGUCACAUGGCAUAUCAUCUUCAACCUACAGCUUUGACUAAUGUAGAAAUUGUUGAUGUAGUAAGGUUUUCAGCCUCACUUGCUUAUGAUCAAACUUGAUAAUCAACAAUUUCAUUCUUCUGAACUACGUUCCAGCAAGCCAGAUCAAUUUCACAUUGAGUCACACCUAGUUUCCAUAAAUGAAGCAUAUAGUGCCAGUUUCGA